AUCUUCUUCAAACUCUGGUUUAUGCCUAGAAAGUGGGGUCUGAAAAUGAAGAUCAUGCCCAUAUCAGAAAAAGUAGAUUUUGUUAGUUAUAUAGAGAGCUGCACAGUAGCCCAGUGGUGUUGCCUUGCAGCUACAAGAUCCUGGUUCUCAUUGCGGCCUCAGCCUGGGAUCUUUCUGCAUGGAGUUUGCAUGUUCUCCCUGUGCAUGUGUGGGUUUUCUCUGGGUACUCCGGCUUCCUCCCCCCGUCCAAAAACAUGCUGAGGUUAACUGGUGAUUCUAAAUUGUCUGUAGGUGUGAAUGUGAGAGUGAUUGUUCGUCCGUAUAUGUAGCCCUGCGACAGACUGGUGACCUGUCCUGCCUUCACUUUUAGUCAGCUGGGAUAGGCUCCAGCCCCCUGCGACCCUAGUGAGGAUUGAGCGGUGUGUAGAUAAUGGAUGGAUAUUAUGUAGAGCUGUUUUCGUGCUCCAGAACUCUGUUCUACUUGGAUUAGGAUGUGUAGCAAUAUUUUAGCCUUGUGGUACAGCUGGUCCUACCAGCUCAAGUCAUGAGUCAGAUAAAUGAAUAUAACCUUUAAAUUUUAGUGAGCAAGUAUUCUCUACAUGCUUAUUUUGUACUUUGUGACAUGCAGCUGCAUCAAUGUGUCCUCAAAGAUGAAACAACUUCUUUUUUUCAUCAAUAAUCUCACCAAUAACCAGAAAGUACUACUUGUGCAGCUGAAAACACACCUAAGACCAAUCUACCUCUAUGACACAAUACUCUAGGGGCCAUGUGACUACAGAUACAGUUUUAAUACAGGUGUUAGCUGUAACCUGGGAGUGUAGCAGGUAAUGUGAUGAAGUUAACCUACCCUGACAGCAGCUGUUUAGACCAUCCUGUGAAAAUUAAACCACAAUGUGUUCUGAAAAAUAUUAAAAUCCUUAAUGUCUGCAUCGAGUAAAGAAUAGGCCUACACACAAGCUCUAUUAAAGUAAAAUGAACACAGGUAUGUUUUACUUGUCCUGUAACACCGUCCUUUGGUAGAAUUAAAUGUGUGUGUUACAGGUUGGACUAGGGGGCACUCCCAUUAGGCCAAAUCACCCACUGGAUGAUAGAAAGUAAGGGAAAUGUCGUCUGGACCACAUUUGUUUCAGUUGCAGUGAACACCAGGAAUAAAGGCUUUAGGGCUGAGAGACGCAACAUUUCUGGCUUAGUCUGUUUAAGUGAUGCAUUUCUGUCAUUCAGACUUGAGUCACUUUUAACAUUCCUCAUGGCUUCAUUCAGACACACUUGACAGUGACGGAGUCUUUAACUCCAUCACAGCUGUCAGGACUUUCUUAUUUUGCUGUUUGCAAAAGUCUAUUCUGUUCUAUUUUCUGAAAGGCUGUUUUGAACCUCAGUGCAGUGACUCUGACUCCUCCUAACUUCUAAACCCUAAAAUGAGCAAAGAGUUGGAGCAGAGGCAGCUCAUGCUAAUGUCUCUGUGCCGUGGUCUGUCCUUUGGAGGAACCCACUUAUCACUCAAAUCAGCCUUGCUCUAAACUAUGCACAACUUUAAGUGUCAAUGCAAUUUAAAAGUGUGAGUUACAUGAAAAUGUACCCCAUUGUGCAAUUGUCAUUCAUAGGAAAGUUAGCUAUAGAGACCAACACUGUUGUUUGUAUGAGAAUGUAAACUCUUUUCUUAAAGUUGAGGGGGUCUGUGGGGACUGCCUCACAGCUGGAGCUUACCACUGGCCAUUUGAGGAGUGACCAAAGGUUACCGCUGUCUGCAGUAGUAGCUGAACUGUGCAUGUCUGGAAGGGGAUGUAUCAUUUUUACACCACCACAUUCUCACAUUUGGAUUUCUGUAAUUUAAAGAAAGAUCUAAAUCUGUGUACGGCCUUACUUGCUUUGUGUUUUUUUACAGCAGUGUUUCUUUGUUUUCUAGGGUUAUCUGGGGUUACCAACAGCAGUGAGUGUAAAUAAUUGAACGAUUGUACUCUACAGAAGGCGUACACACAUUUGUAUGCACCACCAUGAUGCUCUUUGUCUGUAGCAGCAGGUUAGACGUCAUGCGCACCUCCGCUUUACCUCUUUUACUUGACGGCACUCUUUAUUGUAACCGUGCUCUCUGAAAAUGUGAUGUAUAUCUGAAGCACUCAGAAUGUUACAGUGUUGCUCAUCACUGACCAAAUGUUGUGUCUUUGUUCGUCUGGCUGUGUGUUGCUAAAAGAUCUCUAAGUUUGUUGUAGUCGGUAGAGCGUAAUUAACCAGUCAGGGCUGUAAUUUGAAACCUUUCUUUGGGGUUGCGCAUGCCUGUUUGGGAUGGUAGUUGAAAGUAUGAAUUGUGUUUUGUUUCAAAUCAGAAAACUAGAAACAAGCUGCAGGUUUACAGAAUUCAGUAAAGAAAAAGAAGAAGCUGUGUGAAGAUAACAAUACGGGUCUCAUAUUGUACUUUUUUUCAGCUAAUUAAUUAAAGUCUCCAGAAUAUAUCUUUCACUUUUUCCACUCAAAGUACUGCAAAUGUGAUUCAUUUCCCCAUGACUGUAUUGACCUUGUAAACUUCUAGACAUAAUUGAUGGCUGAAAUUUGGCAGACAAGCGCACAGCAGCCAUCUGACAUCACAGGUAGCCUCACAGCCUCCUAGCUACUCUCUACAGACCACAGGAGCCUUCUAAAAAUGCUAAAAAUUAAGAAAAACACACUCGCGAGUAGGUUUUAGGGGUCUAAAAUUACUAGAAAUGUUAUAAAUGUUGACCCAAAGACCACUCUGUCCUAUUCUAAACAAAAUUGUAUGAUAACCUGCAAAGUUGGAGACUUCUGGCGGUAUCAUAUAGAUAGAUAUGAGCUGCUAAAGUAUGGACCCCACAAAAAGUGACCAAUUUUGGUGAGGCCAAAAGGCAAUGUGGCACAGGUGGUAGAGAUCUAUAAAUUUGUAUAAAAUAUCUUCCAUCAUGCUCCUGCAAGCCUACAAAAUCCCAGUGUGGCUUAUUUCCUCCUUCAUGGUCAACCAUACACUUGAAGUGAACCCCUAUAACCUGCUUGCGAACCUAUGUUUUCCCUUAUAUGAACUGAAUGAUGGUGGAAUGGUGUGGCACAGGUGGUAGAGAUCUGUAACCCUGAAUAAAUUAUCUUCUAUCAUGCUGCUAGAAGCCUGCAAAAUUCCAGUUUGGUUUCUCUCCUGCUUCAUGGUUAACCAUACAAUUAAGUGGACCCAUAUAAACAGCUUGUGAAUCUAUGUUUGCAUUAUAUGAAUUGAAUUUUGUUGAUAUAUCUUUUUUUUCUUUUGCAGAAAACUGAGCUGAAGAUAGAGUAAAAGUCCUGUCCAUAUGAUGGUGUUGGUGCCUGACAUGUUGUAUAACUGUGGUGUAGCGCUACACUACAGUUAUACAGUUUAGGGGGAAGAAGACUAUCUCUGCAUCUGUGAUUGACAGCAUGAAGCAAACGGCUCUUGUUGUCAGCCUGGUGCUCUUUCUGAUCUACGGUAAGACGCAGGACUCGGCGUCCACGUCCCGAAUCCAGGACCUGGAGGAGAGCUUCAGCCGGCUGUCCAUAGAGAACGUAGCUCUCAGGAAGCAGAGGACCAACCUGACCAACUUCCUCAACGCCACCCUGACGGAGAAGGCUCGCAAUGACUUCGACCUGGCCAAGCUGCGAUACAUCUCCAACAUGUCGGUCCUGUUCUUCCAAGACUACGAGAGGAAGUUGCAACAGUGCAAUGGCGAUUUGCUGUCUUGCAGGAUCAAAUGUCCUUCACUUAUUACCCAAUCAAUGCCGGCAAUUCCAGGCGGUUGUAACUGUGGGCUGCUGGUUGAGCGGCUGGAAGCCAAAAGGCAGCUUGUGGAGUCCAAUUUUACCCAAACAGUGCAGAGGAUGAGGAUGGAAAUGGACCAGAUUUCUAAAGACAGAGACAACCUGAACCUGGAGACCAUCCGUCUGAGGAGGGACAAAUCCACACAAGAGAAGGAGCUGCAGUUCCACAGGCAGACAUCCAAAGAGGAGUUCUCCCUGUCAUUGAACUCGGUUCUGAAUGUCUCCAGAGCUUUCUUGGUGAAGAUCGACUCUCUCUUCCCCGCACACCUCAGCUUCCAGCUCACCUGCCCAAAGCAGCAGGAACACCUUGAGCAGAUCCGCUCCAACUGCACCAGUCUGUCCAGGGAGGUGGAGGACAAGCUGCAGCGUUACCUGAACGUGGUGGGAGCCCAGGUGUCGGGCAUUCAGGCUGAGAACAUUCGCUUGAAGGCAGAAAACUGGCGACUGUCUGAGGACUACCGCUGGUGCAGCCAGAACCGCACGGGCCUGAUCGAGCAGAACAGGCAGAACUUGAACAAGCUUCAGCAGAAACAUGAUGAGGACAAGGAGAGAAUCCUGAUGGAGAAGUUGAAGAUGACCGGAGAUAUAGUUGUGCUGCAAAAACAACUUCAAUAUAAGAGCAAAGAGGUUGAUCACCUUGCAGAGCAACUCAAGCAGCUCAACAUCUCCUGCAUGGCUAAGGCAGGGUUUGGUGGAUAUUCAGGAGGUAUGGGCUUUCGGCAGAACACGCCGAACCAAUUCGGCACUGGUGGAUCCAGCUCUUCUUCAUCCAGCUCUUCUUCAUUCAGCUCUUCGUCAUCCAGCUCUUCCAGUUUGGGUCAGAUUGGUAGGACAGGGUCAAAUGGGUUCAGUUCAAACUAUGGCUCAUCUGGGUCAUCAUUGAACAAGCCUGUAUCCAGUGGAUCAUCCUCUUCAGGUUCAUCCUACUCUUCUGCUGGGUCCAGUCCAAGCCUGAGCUCAUCUGGAUCUGGAUAUAAUAAGCCUGGAUCGACUGGAGGAGGACUCUCAAGCUUUGGAUCAGCGGCAUCCAGUCCAAAUCUUAGCUCAGGUGGGUUUGGUUUAGAUAAACCAGCACAGAAUACAAGAAGCUCAUCAGCAUAUGGGUCAUCCUCUGGGUCAUCCUCUGGGUCAUCCUCUGGGUCAACAGGGUCAAGUUCAAGCUUUGGCUCAAAUAAGCCAACAUCGAAUGAAAAAACCUCCUCAAGCUUUGGGUUUGGGUCAACAUCUCGGUCAAGUGGCUCAAGUGGGUCAACUGGGUCAACUGGAUCAAGUGGGUCAUCCUGGUCAAGUGGGUCAUCUGGAUCAACUAGGUCAACCGGGUCAAGUGGGUCAGCUGGGUCAUCUGGGUCAACUGGAUCAUCAAGCAAAAGUGGGUCGAGCAGCUCUGGAUUUAAUUGGUUUGGGAUGGGGACCUCUAACUCAGGACAAAGUAAAACAGGAAGUGUACCAGGGAGAGGAACAUCCAGUGGUGGAAGUGGAUCUUCAAUUGGAGCAGGAAGGACGACUGGUCUGGCAAGUGGCCCAGUCAGCGUAUCUCAGCACCUUCAAGAGCUGCAACGCCUGAUCAACCCUGCCGGCCCACAGGAGAAACAAGAUCUCUCCAGAAUGCUGGGUUAAUCCAACCCUGUUUUAUGUUCCAUUGCAUUUAUCACACGUCUCAUACUGAUUUCACACAUUGUCCAUUAAUAAAUGUACUUUAUAAUAUGCACUGGUUAUGACAGUUAAUGUUUUAAUGUGUAUGCAUUGAAGUGAUUUGAAUAACUUUGGCACUUUUGAAUGUAAAAUGUGAAUUCUGUGUCUCAUGCAUGCAUGAAUAAUGGCCUGCGUUUGUUUUUUACAUUGUAAAUACAUAAAAUAAAAGCUUUGUUUGAAGUGAA